AUGCAUUCCCAUGACCCCAGCCCAACUGACUCGCCACCUACUUUCCCCUCCACAACUCCGUCAUCUUUGCCAGAAAUCAUCACGUCGUCACGAGUCACCGACAGGGCAGAGCUGAUUGAAAGAAUUAAAGCUGGUCAAACUUCUACCUGGGUUCCCAAUCGCUCGCUAUCCAACUACAACUACCACACAACACACUCACCAGAACAACAUUUCAUCGAUGAACAUCCUGACCGUCCGCAUUCUGCUCUUCAUCAAGGAGUAUUUGUAAAUGAAUCUCGAAAUAGCCAGAUUUAUCCGCAAUCUCCCAUCCUUCGGCAAACUUCCCCAUUGAGCUUGGAGUUCAAAUCUCUCUUCUCGACAAACCCAUCCCCGAACCCGGCAGAGGGCUCCAUCUUUCUCAAAUUUUGUUUUGAAGGCACCGACAUCACCACUAAACCAAUAGCUAUCUCUACAUCCAAAUCAGAAAAACGUUUCCCUGUCCCAGCAUCUUCACUUUCUUCACUUCAACUCUCGCCAUCAGCACCUCUUACUUCUCGACAGUCUUUUGGAUCAGGGACUGGCAGUCGGCGUAUUUCGGAAAAUUGGCAAGAGCUCCCGUCUCCUUCAAUAUCUUCUCGCCAAACUCGUCGCCUUUCCGGCUUUGCAAAUUCUACAUCUGAUUUGCCUUUUGGAUCGUUCGUCGGCUCUUACGAAGAAUCUAUACUCAAUGGCCGCAUGUCUACCACCCCGUCUAAACCGCUCAGUUUCGUCGCUCAAAUUGGCGUUCUGGGUAUUGGGAAAUGCAAAGCUUCGCUUCGUUGCCCGGCCCAUGUGACCUUACCGUUCCCCGCUUAUUUUUACUCUGUGGGAGACUACGAUAGUCCUUCUCCAUAUCCUUCGAAAGUUCCUCCAGGCAUUGGGGGCGCCUAUCGCAUUCCUCAGCGUGGGCAACUCCAAAUUGUGAUCAAGAACCCAAAUAAGACGGCUGUAAAGCUUUUCUUAGUUCCAUAUGAUCUCAAAGAUAUGGAUGCAGGUACGAAAACAUUCAUCAGACAGAAAAGCUAUUCAGCGGGCAACGCGUUGCUUUCGGAUCUUCCCCAAAGUUCCACGGUUUCUAUGAAAAGGGAAAAGGAAAAGGAUGCAUUGCGUUAUUUAAUCCACUUGCACAUUGUUUGCCCUAGUCGAGGACGUUACUAUCUUCACAAAUCAAUUAGGAUUGUUUUUGCCAACAGAGUCCCUGAUGGUAAGGAGAAAUUGAGAAAUGAGGUCUUAUGGCCUGAACCGAAGUUUAGUCCAUGGAAGGCAGAAAACAGCACUUCCACACUUACUUCCUUGGCUAGCUACAGGAAAAGAAGGGCCAGUUAUUCGGAGAUGGUUGGGGUAAAAGGAAGGCUUCCCUCAAAGGAUGAAGAAAAGGCAAUGCUGUUCACGCCUUCGGACAUUGAGAUGGACCAUGGAAAAAUGAUGGAUCUGGAUUCGGUCAGCGAUGUUAACGGUGAUGCUGGCGAGUUUGAGAAAAUGAGCGUUAAAACCUCUUUAGUUAGUGGUGAAUCACAUGGGUUAUUGGCUAGGAAGCUGAAGAGCUUGGGGGUUGAAGGAGGUAUCAUUGCCGAUGGUCCUCUUGAUAGAUCAUGGCAUGAGUAA